AUGUCGCAUGCACCCGUUCGCCCGGACUACCACCCGCUCGUCGCGCCCGGAAACAUCAAGGGCGUAGACCGUCGAUACCCGUAUUUCAACGGCGGAGGACGCGAUCCCCCCACUCUUCACUCUGGCGUCGAGCAUCGGAUGCCCUUUUGCCUUCACGGCUGGGACGCGCAGUCGCGCCAGCCUGAGUACAUGAAGAACACGGAUCGUACGCUCUUUGGCUGCCGUGGCUACGUGAAGGAUCACGAGAUGGCGGAUGAUUGGGAUUGCGGCUAUCUAGAGGAAGGGGUCGUCGACGUUGGUGUACAAUCUGUUCAGAUACUUAACCCGUUUUGGGAUAGCGGCCCGUGGCCCGCUCCCAGCUUUAAAGAGUGGUAUCUCCGGAGGAGCAACGUCAUGUCCACUGCGAAGUCUUCUGCAUCCUCCCCGACAAAGGCAUCUUAG